UGGCGUCCUAUUUACGUGGAAGUAUUUGUAAUUGAUCAUAGUUUCAUUACGUCGAAACAAAUCUAUACCUGUUUAAAUGCCAAAAGAGAAUGUAGUAUUUGUGCGAAAGUAGGUGGUCUGUGUUUGCUGCUGCACGAUUCACCUGUUGCAUUUGCAGGGAUUAGCUUUUAUGGGAUUUAAUUGUAAAAUAAGAUCUUUUUUCUGCUUUUUUGGCUAUAGUGGACUUGUAGUAACGGCCCAUGUACUCCGUGAAGUGGUUUUCUUAGAAAAUCUGUUGAAGUUACAUAGAGAAGCUGAGCAGGCAUGGUCUGACGGUACCACUCGAUAAAUUACGAAACGUAGUUGUGCUAAUUGAUUUCGAGUUAGAUUUUUUUAGAUAAAUGCAUUCGCUCCUCCUAUUUGUUCUGCGGGGUAUGUGAGUCUUUGUAAAUUUCAUUUGCUUGUUAGCCACUCAAGUUAUUUAUAGGUUGUAUCAGUGCCGUAAACAUAUUUAAUGUGAUGCAGACAAAUAAUGCAUCUGAUCCCCCAAUAUGAUUGAACUAUGCUUGCAUCGUGUAAGGUGGCUCACACCAUUGAGCAGCUGCAGUUUAUUCAGAGCUGCAGGAUUAUAGGAAUAUUUCUUCCGAUUAAAAUGGUAUACAAAAGGCUGGAGAAAAUUUAAAGGAAAAUGGCCUGGUAAACUGUAAAAAACUUUCUAGUCUUAUGACAUCAGCACUGGCAUCCAAAUUGAUUUGGGAGCUAUACUAGUACAUGUUGGUUCCGUGAUCUAUUUGCCUAUUUUUUUUUUUAAUGAUUUUUUUUUAAAGAGAACCUUAUCUCACCACCAUGUAUCAGGUGGUUCUGGGUGGCGCUGAGUCCAGUAACAUAGGUCCUAGAGGAAACGCUGCGGCCAGCAAGCGUAAGAGAGGCAGAGAAGGACACCGUCUGAUAGCUGCAGGCAUCCUGGGUGUCCUCCUUAUAAUUGUUGCUGUGGGUGCCUGGUGCUACUACACGGCUUCCCUGAAAAAGGCUGAUCAGUUGAAGACCGAGCUGUUGGACCUCCAUAAGGAUGGGUUUGUCAUCCGCAAUCAGGCGGGAGCCGUGGUUUUCCGCAUGGCUUUCAGAUCAGGAACCCUUGACUUGGACUCGUGCUCGAAGAAGGGAGUGAUACUGAGCUGUGACAGGUCGGAUGUGGGCAAAGUCAAUUUCUUCAUUCAGGUAGUAUGGCCCAGGGACACAGUGAUGUGCUACAGGGUGCGCUGGGAGGAGCUGGUACCCGGGCGUCCUGUGGAGCACGCCAUGGACUACAAUGGCUCACACUGGUAUGGCGGUGAUGAAAGAGCCACUCAGCAUUGGCCCCUCUCCAUAGCAGGCCAGCAGGAGCCUGAACCCUUUAUCACUAGCGACGUCUACUCCAACCGGCAUAAAUUUGGCGGCAUCCUGGAGCGUUACUGGCUCUCGUCUAAUGCUGUAGCUAUUAAGAUCAACGAUUCUGUACCGUUCCAUUUGGGCUGGGACGAAGUAGCACAGACCAUGCGCUUUCAGGCUAGAUAUCAGGACAGCCCUUACAAACUGCUCCAAGCACAGCAGGGCCAUGCCGAGCUCAGCUACAGAGUCUGUGUUGGCUCUGACAUCACCUCUAUUCAUAAGUACAUGGUCCGGCGCUACUUCAACAAGCCCAAUAAGGUUCCUUCUGAAGCAGUGUUUCACCACCCUAUAUGGUCCACGGGAGCCCUGCACAAGAGUGAAGUCAGCCAGGAGAAGUUGCUAACAUAUGUAGCUAACAUCCAAAAGUAUGGCUUCAAUUGCAGCCACCUAGAGCUGGUUGACCGCUACACAAGCAACUAUGGCGAUUUUGAUUUUGAUCCCAUCAAAUUCCCAAAUGCCACAGCCAUGUUCCUGAAGUUAAAGGCAGAUGGAAUUCUUGUGUCCCUAUGGACUCAUCCUUUUGCCAACUAUGACUCGGCCAACUUUGGCGAAGGAGUGCGUAAGGGGUUAUUUGUGCGAGAGCCCACUGGAAAGCUUCCAGCUCUAGUGCGCUGGUGGAAUGGCAUAGGUGCAAUUUUCGACUUCACAAACCCAGAAACCCGGGACUGGUAUGCUUCCCAGCUGCGUGCUCUCAAGUCCAAAUACGGCGUAGCCUCCUUUAAGUUCGAUGCAGGUGAGACCAGCUAUCUGCCUUGGCAGUUUAGCACCUUUGCUCCUCUGCAUGACCCUAGUUCCUUCACUCGCCGCUACACAGAGAUGGCCAUCCCCUUCAACGAGCGGGCUGAACUCCGGGUUGGGUACCAGUCGCAGAACAUCUCCUGCUUCUUUCGUCUCAUUGACCGUGAUUCUGUAUGGGGUUAUGAGCUGGGCCUCAAAUCACUUAUCCCUACUGUGUUAACUAUUAGCAUUUUGGGCUACCAGUUCAUUCUGCCUGGCACAAUCGGUGGUAACAUGUAUCUCAAUCGUACUGACAGCAGUCAGCAACUUCCAGACCGAGAACUAUACAUCCGCUGGCUGGAGCUCUCCGCUUUCAUGCCUGCCAUGCAGUUUUCCAUCCCACCCUGGGAAUACGACGAUGAGGUUGUCCAGAUUGCCCAGCGGUUCACAGCGCUUCACGAGACACUGGUGGCCCCCAGGGUGCUGGAACUUGCAGGGGAAGUGCUACAUACUGGGGACCCCAUUGUGCGACCUCUGUGGUGGAUUGCCACUGACGAUGAGGCUGCUUAUAAGAUUGACUCCCAGUUCCUGAUUGGCGAUGAUCUCAUGGUUGCACCAGUUCUUGAGCCGGGGAAACAGGAGAGAGAUAUCUACCUUCCAGCUGGCAAGUGGCACAGCUACAAAGGGGAGUAUUUUGAUAAGGGUCCCAUGUACCUCACAGACUACCCAGUUGACCUGGAUGAGAUUGCUUACUUUGUCUGGGCACAGUAGGUAUCGUUUUGAUUAAUUUUACAUCAUAAAUUAAUCCUCACUGCAUUAUACAUAAAAUAUUUUGCAUAAGCGAAUUUUCCCAAGUUCUUUAAAAUGCUUGUGCUUAACUCAGGAGAACAUAGCAGUUUUAGUAUAUACAUUUAUUUGAAAUGGCUCACCUGAUCAAAGUACUUCCAAGGUAGCAUUCAUGUGUAAUACUUCAUUCAUUAAUUUUUGUUGUUGUAAUUUAGGUCUAAUUCCCUGUACAUUAAAGAAAAUAGAGGUGCCUUCCAAUUACAGAGAGCCAUUUAUGUGCCUUUUUAAGUAAAGUGUUUUUAUUAAUUCUAAAUAUCCAAAAAUGUAAAUUGAUUGAUGGUUUCCAGUCAUUUGUAAUGUCAAAUGAUUGACAUUUUAAGCAUGUAGACUUCUGUUGCCUGACAGAUGUCCAGCUGACACCUUGCACUACAGCCGUAAAAGUUAUUAACUGGUAACUCACUACAUUUUUGUAUGAGAGGGUGCACUGUAUGAUUAAGUGACACAUUUUGAGGUAAAAGUAUUGGCAUAUUGCACAUUUUCCAUGGGGAAAACCAAGAUGACUUUUAUGGAGAGUAUCUAAUGGCACCCCCUAACGGGCCAAGCAAAGGCUGCGGCUCUUUGCGAAAUGCUUUAAUGAAGUGAGAACCGGUUGUGAUGACUUUCAGACACCCUAGAUUCAUUCUUUUAGUCGUCAUGCUAAUUGCAUUAGCAUGAUAAAGAGGUCUAAUGCAUAGUGUUAUAAAAUGCAGCAGGUCAGGUCUGUGAUCACAGCAGAUUUGCUAGUUGUUUGAUUGGCGUAUUCUGCCAAGAAAAUGCUUGCAGUAAUAAGCUUUUUUUGCACUGAUUUGUAUACUCAGGUGAGGUUUCACAGUAGCUAUAGUAUAUUUGCGAAGUAUAAACAAGUUAUAUGAUUUUCAGAAUCGGAGCCCAUUAUAUAUUUUGUUGCACUGUAUGAAAUUGUUUUAUACAAUGAAUGUAAUUGUAUAUGGAAAAACAUGAAUACGGAUUUAAAGAAAAUAUAUUUGCACAACCUGUCAAACAGUG